CCAUUGCAUUGCUCUCUAAACUUGUCUCCCACAUACCUAAAAGUUUCUUCUGCUGACCCCUCCAGGGUAAUCGAUGAUAAUGGCUGGGCCAUCACGUAAGAUAUGGGGAUUUGAACUAGCGGUAGUGGUUGUUGGACUGCUUGCAAUUGCACAGCAGUCCAUGCAACUCGGUUCGAAUCACCCUAUGCAUGGGAUUAUCCAGAGAAUCAACAGUAACGGCCCUUACAUUGGUCUUGUUUUGGUUUCUGACAACAACGAGCAGGCGCUCCUAGAUUCUAAUGCCUUUACUCAAGCCGAAGACCAAAUUUCUUCAGUUGAACUUGCUGGUAGAAAAUUCAAAAUUGGCACGAUCAAGGGAAAUGGUGUGAUAUAUGUAAAGACAGGGGAAUCAUCAGUAAAUGCAGCACAAACAGUGCAAAUCCUACUUGCUUCAUUUGAUAUCAAAGGAAUUGUUCACGUUGGCAGCGCUGGAGCCGUUAAUGAUUCACUGUCCAUCGGUGAUGUUGUUGUGCCUAAAAAAGUCGCGUUCACUGGAAUAUGGAAAUGGCUGAAAGACGGGGCAAAGGGUGGACAGCUAGUAUUCUCAGACUACAAUUACCCAGAAGGAGACAAUUCGUUGGGGAGCAUAAGCUUCCAACCAACCACACUGUACGCCACAGGAAAAAAUAAGACCACCAUCUUCUGGCUUCCCCUCAACUCAGCUUGGUUCGAUACAGCCUCUCAACUUGAGAACGUUGAGCUGCAGCAAUGUAUUAGCACGAAGAAAUGCCUACCCAGAGCACCAGUUAUUGCCAAAGGUUUGAGCUCCUCCACUGCUGAUAUAUACGUUCAAAAUGCAGCUAUUAGAGAAUUCAUUUACACGCACCUCAAGGCCUCAACCGUGGAUGAAGAGACUGCUGCUGUUACAUUGGUGGCUUUGUCAAAUGGUGUGGAAAACAUUAUCGUCUUCAGGGGUAUCUCCAACACCGCAGGUGGAUCAACUGCAUACAAAAGCUAUAGUUAUUUGGGCUCUGUCAAUGCUGUUAAUGUUGCUGUGGAGUUCAUCGGCGCAGUCGGUACCAGUAAAGCCUCCAUCGCUGCUUAUUAAGCAACCUAAUGAGGUUUAUCCAUCUUGUGAUAGUCGUUUGAUCAGUGCUACUGGAAUAUAAUUAUAAUAAAUGUACUGAUCUGAUGAUCAUGGCCACGUAAUGGCCAUCUUUAAUGUAAAAGAGUUAAUAUUUUUCCUUUUUUUA